AUAGUUUCUCUUCUCCCCCAGAAAUGAAGGAGAAUUCCCUGGUUUUUGUCUUCCUCCAGUGAGAGCAGAUUCCUGAUUUUGUGUUCACCAAAAAACAAACCCCUCCUUUUGGUGGUCACCCACGACAAGGAGGACAGAAACCUAAUAGAGUUUGAAAAGGAAAAAAAGACAAACACUCCCAAAUGUCAAAUAUCACAGGAGAUGAUGGGAGCUUCUCUUCAGGAAACACUGGAGAAGAAGUUCAGCAAAAGCAGCAGCAGCAACAGCCUCAAAAUCACCUCCAUGGCUCAGGCUUGGGGCCUAAUUCAAGUACUGUAACUAACAGCAAUGGCUCAAGCUCAUCCCAGCAGCAGCAACAACAACCCAUUAAGAAGAAAAGAAAUCUACCAGGAACUCCAGACCCCAAUGCUGAAGUUAUUGCUUUAUCACCCACAACACUGAUGGCAACAAACAGAUUUGUAUGUGAGAUAUGCAACAAGGGGUUCCAAAGGGACCAAAACCUUCAGUUGCAUCGGAGAGGUCAUAAUCUGCCAUGGAAGCUGAGGCAAAGAACAAGCAACGAGAUCAGGAAAAGAGUCUACAUAUGCCCCGAGCCAUCGUGUGUCCACCACAACCCGGCUCGAGCGCUAGGAGAUCUUACAGGAAUCAAGAAGCAUUACAGCAGGAAGCAUGGAGAGAAAAAAUGGAAAUGUGACAAGUGCUCCAAGAAGUAUGCCGUUCAAUCCGACUGGAAGGCUCAUUCAAAGACCUGUGGUACUAGGGAAUACAAAUGUGACUGUGGUACCAUCUUCUCCAGAAGAGACAGCUUUAUCACCCACAGGGCUUUCUGUGAUGCAUUGGCUGAAGAAAACAACAAAGUAAACCAGGGACUAAUGGCUAACAUGGGAUCGAACUUACAAAGCCAAAUGCCUGAGCUCAUGUCCUCCAUGCCCUUGAACAGCAACUCCAGCCCAUCAGUUGGGAUAUCCGAAUUCAACAGCUAUGACCCCAAAAACCCACUCAAAUCCCUCCCUCAAGACCUGGUGCCCAUGCCCUUCAAGUCCCCAAACAUGUCAGGAGGCAUGUUCUCAAGCAGUUCAGGCACCCUCUUUGGUGGCCCAAGAAGCAUAUCUUCCUCCUCUUCUGGCCUUCAGCUAAGCUCUAACAGCUCAUCCGGCUUCAACUACCUCCAAGACGGUAAAAAUGGCAAUCAACUAUCAGGUUCAGCCAACAUGUCCGCCACCGCCUUGCUGCAGAAAGCAGCCCAGAUGGGUGCAACUGCAAGCAACAGUAUCAACUCCCCCAUGAUGCAGAAGAGCUUUGUUAGUAGCAUGGCAGGACCAGAUCAGCUUUCUCCGAUUCGACCAUCCCCUUAUGUCACAAUUCAGCAGCAAACCAACUCAUAUGAUCAUCACUUCCAAUCUCAGCCUGAUCAGUCACCUCUAGUUGGGAUUAAUGGUGGAGGCCUCCCGAGCCAGUUCUUGCAAAAGGGCCCCCAAGAAAUCACACCAUUGUUUGAAACUGUUUCCGGAUCGGCAUCAAUGAACAAUGAUAUCGGCAUGUUUGGUAAUGUGUUCAUAGGUGGUGAUCAAAACUCUCCAUUCUUGAAGAACAUGGAAAAUGAGGAUAGUAGUAGUACUUCUAGCCUUGCACAGGGCAGAACAGUGAUGGCCCGGAGUGCCACAGGCCCAUCCAGGUUCGGAGGGAAUGGUGGAGGCAACGAUGUGACAACGCUCGAUUUAUUGGGGGUUGGAGGAUCUAGGCCAGUGAAUUUACAAGAGCAGCAGCAGAGGCUGGAGUUGGAGGCAAUGAGUCAGCACAGAAUGCAAGCGAUGACUACUUUCCAGCGACAGCUCUCACAUGGGGAACCAGCUAUUGAACAAGGCCCAUAUGGGAUUUAUGAGUAGCAUGGAGCAUUGAGUCCAUGAAAGAACCCAAAAAAUUUCUUGGUAAGGAGCUGGGCCAUGAUAUUGAUGGGCCAAGGGUUUGUUCAGGCCCAGGUCCAAUGACAUCAGCCCUAUAUUUCCAACCUAAGUGGUUCUUAUUCAUCAUGAUCUAAUGAGGUAGCUUAGCUCCCAAUGUAUAACCUUGAAUAAACAUGUUAGUGACUGCAUUUUGUUGAAAAAUUUACCUUCGGUGAUUGUGAUUUCAUGCA